AUGUUCUUCCUCGGCAACCUCUUCUACGUCAGCUGCCUCCUGAUCAACGCGGUGGCCAUUCUCUCAGAGGACCGCUUCCUGGCGCGCAUAAACCUGUCGCCGGGAUCGCACGACCCCGGAUUCGGCGCGGGCACGGAGCCGCAGAGCGUGCAGGCCAAGAUUGUGCACCUGAUAGCCAGCGUACGGACGCUGAUGAGAAUGCCGCUAAUAAUCGCAAAUACACUGAUUAUACUGUACGAGCUGAUUCUCGGCUAA